AUGCAGAAGAGUGUGCGCUACAAUGAGGGCCACGCACUUUACCUCUCUGUGAUCGCGCGGAAAGAGGGAACCAGACGGGGCUACUUGAGCAAGAAAGCGACCGAGAACAGUCGAUGGAACGAGAAAUACUUUGCUCUCUACCAAAACAUCUUGUUUUACUUUGAGAAUGAGCAGAGCAGCAGGCCCACGGGGAUUUACUUACUGGAAGGCUGCAGCUGUGAGCGCGUUUCAGCACCCAAACUGCCCGCAGUCAGCCGAGACAGUGCGGAUAAGCAGCAGCACCAUUUCCUGGUCAUUUUCGGCCACGAUGCGCAGAAACCUCUGGAGCUGCGGGCCGAAGAGGAUACAGAUUGUACUGAGUGGGUGGAAGCCAUUCAGCAAGCCAGCUACUCUGAACUAAUCAUCGAGCGUGAGGUGCUCAUGCAAAAGUACAUCCACCUGGUGCAGAUAACGGAGACGGAGAAGGUGGCUGCCAAUCAGCUCCGCACACAGCUUGAAGACCAGGACACGGAGAUCGAAAGGCUCAAGACUGAGGUUGUGGCCCUGAACAAAGCAAAGGAGAAAAUGUUACCUUGUCAUUCCAAUCAAGAAGACGAUGACCCUGAUAUAAAGAAAAUAAAGAAGAUACAAAGCUUCAUGCGUGGCUGGCUUUGCCGGAGAAAGUGGAAGAUCAUUGUUCAAGACUACAUCUGCUCACCCCACGCUGAAAGCAUGAGGAAGAGGAACCAGAUUGUCUUCAACAUGUUGGAGGCUGAGACCGAAUAUGUGCUCCAGCUGUCCAUCCUGGUGAACUGCUUUCUGCGGCCACUCAGGAUGGCCGCCAGUUCCAAAAAACCUCCAAUCGGCCAUGAUGAUGUUAGCAGCAUUUUCCUCAAUAGUGAAACUAUAAUGUUUCUUCAUGAGAUAUUUCACCAAGGCCUAAAAGCAAGACUUGCCAACUGGCCGAGAUUAGUUUUAGCUGACCUCUUUGAUAUAUUGCUGCCGAUGUUAAACAUCUACCAAGAAUAUGUGCGGAACCACCAGUACAGUCUUCAGGUUCUAGCUAACUGCAAGCAGAACCGGGACUUUGACAAGCUACUGAAGCAGUAUGAGUCCAAUGCUGCCUGUGAGGGCCGAAUGCUGGAGACGUUUCUGACCUACCCAAUGUUUCAGAUUCCUCGAUAUAUCAUCACGCUGCAUGAACUGCUUGCCCAUACUCCCCAUGAGCAUGUAGAACGCAAGAGUUUGGAUUUUGCCAAGUCAAAACUGGAGGAGCUGUCCAAAAUGAUGCAUGAUGAAGUGAGUGACACUGAAAACAUCCGUAAGAAUCUCGCCAUUGAGCGCAUGAUUGUGGAGGGCUGUGACAUCCUCUUAGACACCAGCCAGACCUUUGUACGGCAAGGCUCUUUGAUCCAGCUGCCUUCAGUGGAAAGAGGCAAACUGAGCAAAGUGCGCUUGGGCACACUGUCGCUGCGCAAAGAGGGUGAGCGCCAGUGUUUCCUCUUCACGAAACACCUCCUGAUCUGUACACGCACCUCCAGCGGCAAGCUGCAUCUGCUCAAACAAGGAGGCACUCUGUCUCUGAUAGAGUGCACCCUCAUUGAAGAAUUAGAUGCCAAUGAUGAAGACUAUACCGCUGCAGGUCACGGCUUUAGUCAUUUAGAGUUUAAGCUGUUGGUCGAGCCAGCCGACGGGCCAUCCUUCUCAGUAGUCCUGCUGGCACCAUCUCGCCAGGAGAAAGCUGUCUGGACCAGUGACAUCAGCCAGUGCAUUGAUAAUAUUCGCUGCAAUGGCCUUAUGACCAGCGUUUUUGAAGAGAACUCCAAGGUCACUGUGCCUCACAUGCUCAAGUCAGACACACGGUUGCACAAUGAUGAUGUGGAUAUUUGCUUCAGCAAGACACUGAACUCAUGCAAGGUGCCGCAGAUCCGCUAUGCCAGUGUUGACCGUCUGCUGGAACGGCUAACUGACCUGCGCUUCCUCUCCAUUGACUUCCUCAACACGUUCCUGCACACAUACCGCAUCUUUACCACUGCAGCUGUGGUCAUGGACAAGUUGAAUGACAUCUACAAGAGGCCUUUCACCUCCAUCCCUGUCAGGUCUCUAGAGCUCUUUUUUGCCACUAACCAGGGCCCAUGGGGCAGUGAGCUCCUGAACAACAAGUCCCCCCGACUAUCACGCAAAUUCUCUAUACCUCCUCCACUCUCAAUUCCUUCCCGGACAUCAUCACCCAUGCAUUACCGUAAACUGUCGCUCAGCUCACCUGUGAGUGGUGGCAAAGCUAUAGCUCUGGAUCUUUCGGCUUCAUCCUUGGCGGUCAGUAGUCCCACAUCUACCUACAACCCUAUGGUCUCUUCUCCACCCCACAACUGUACCAAGGCUCCACUGGACCUGAGCAAGGGCCCCAGUUCACCAGAGCUAGGCCCCACCACACCAGAGGAAGGUGGGGAACUCCCACGUAUUGAUGCAUUCUCUGGCAAGCUGAGGAGGAGCGUUAGGCGGAAUUUCUUAGAGUCUUUGUCAUUUGACAAGUUCAUCCCAGAAACACCUACCUCUGUUGAGUCAGGAGACUUAUCUCUGUGCAGCUUGCCCUCUACCCCACGACACCCCCGUUACAGACAGCCAGGAGGUCAGUCCGUGGAGAAUUUGCGCUAUACAGUGUCUCCUGCCUCCGCCUUUGCCAUCGCCACGGCAGCAGCUGGACAUAGUGGCCCUCAAGGUUUCACCAGCCCAGAGAAGUCAUAUGACAAGGAGUUUCUCAUCCGCCGGGCUGCCACAAACAGGGUGCUCAAUGUCCUGCGGCACUGGGUUUCCAAGCACUCACAGGACUUUGAGAUGAACAGUGAACUGAAGGUGGGAGUGAUCAUUCUGCUCGAGGAAGUACUGAGGGAUCCUGACCUGCUACCUCAGGAAAGAAAAGCCACAACAAACAUACUAAGUGCCCUUUCUCAAGAAGAACCAGAUGACACGCAGCUUAAAAUCAAAGAUAUUCUCCAAACAGCUGAAUACCCCAAAAUGGAGUGUUUUGAGUCUCUGUCUGCCAUGGAGCUGGCUGAGCAAAUCACCUUACUGGACCACAUUGUGUUUAGAAGUAUUCCUUAUGAGGAAUUUCUUGGCCAAGGAUGGAUGAAAGUGGACAAAAUUGAAAGAACUCCGUACGUCAUGAAGACUAGUCAGCACUUUAACGAUAUGAGUAAUCUGGUGGCAUCUGAGAUCAUGUCCCACACAGAGGUGAGCUCCAGGGCCAACUCAAUUGAGAAAUGGUUGGCAGUUGCAGAUAUCUGUCGCUGCCUCAACAACUAUAACGGAGUGCUGGAGAUCACAUCUGCUCUCAAUCGCAGUGCCAUAUACAGGCUGAAAAAGACCUGGGCUAAAGUCUGCAAGCAGACCAAAGCAAUAAUGGACAGGCUGCAGAAAACAGUGUCUUCUGAAGGAAGAUUUAAAAAUCUAAGGGAAACCCUGAAAAAUUGCAACCCUCCGUGCGUGCCAUAUUUGGGCAUGUAUCUAACAGACUUGGCAUUUAUUGAGGAAGGUACACCAAAUUUCACAGAAGAGGGACUGGUCAAUUUCUCCAAAAUGAGAAUGAUUUCUCACAUCAUAAGAGAGAUACGACAGUUUCAGCAAGCCCCUUACAGGAUAGAACAUCAACCCAAGGUGACACAGUUCCUACUUGACAAAACACUCGUGAUGGAUGAUGACACUCUGUAUGAACUGUCUCUGAGGCUUGAACCAAGACUCGCAACUGCCAACUAAAGUCAUGUUUUAGCACUUGUGCUUGGCCAUACU